AUGUCUGGGCCCGGCAACAAACGCGCCGCCGGCGACGGGGGCUCAGGGCCUCCAGAGAAGAAGCUGAGCCGCGAGGAGAAGACCACAACUACUCUUAUCGAACCCAUUCGGCUUGGGGGCAUCUCCUCCACGGAGGAGAUGGACUUGAAGGUUCUGCAGUUCAAGAACAAGAAACUAGCAGAGCGUUUGGAACAGCGACAAGCUUGUGAAGAUGAACUUCGAGAACGAAUUGAAAAGUUGGAGAAACGUCAGGCCACAGAUGAUGCCACACUCCUCAUUGUCAACCGCUACUGGGCCCAGCUAGAUGAAAUUGUAGAAGCUCUUCUCCGAUGUCAUGAGAGCCAGAGGGAGCCAUCUGCAGGGAUGGAGGCACCUGGGACUCAGGAGGGGCCAACACGUGAUGUGAUUCCUCUCACAGAGCCAGGAACAUCAGAGCUGAGAGAGCCCCUGCCAAUGCAGCUGCGACCCCCUCUCAGUGAGCCAGCUUUGGCUUUUGUGGUGGCACUAGGUGCCAGCAGCAGUGAGGAAGUGGAGCUACAACUUCAGGGCCGAAUGGAGUUCUCUAAGGCAGCCGUGUCCCGGGUCGUAGAGGCCUCAGAUCGCCUGCAGCGCCGUGUGGAGGAACUGUGUCAGCGAGUAUACAGCCGAGGGGACAGUGAGCCCCCUGGUGAGGCAGCUCGAGCACGCACCCGGGAGCUGGGUCGUGAGAACCGGCGGCUACAGGACUUGGCCACUCAGCUGCAGGAGAAGCACCACCGCAUCUCACUGGAGUAUUCUGAGCUCCAGGAUAAAGUGACAUCAGCAGAGACUAAGGUGCUAGAGAUGGAGACGACAGUGGAAGACUUACAGUGGGACAUUGAGAAGCUACGUAAGCGGGAGCAAAAGCUCAAUAAGCACUUGGCAGAGGCAUUGGAGCAGCUCAACUCUGGCUAUUAUGUGUCUGGGAGCUCCUCAGGCUUCCAAGGGGGCCAGAUCACACUCAGCAUGCAGAAGUUUGAGAUGUUGAAUGCAGAAUUGGAGGAAAACCAAGAAUUGGCCAAUAGCCGCAUGGCAGAGUUGGAGAAGCUGCAGAUGGAACUUCAGGGUGCUGUGAGGACCAAUGAACGCCUCAAGGUGGCCCUUCGGAGCCUUCCUGAGGAGGUGGUACGGGAGACAGGGGAGUACCGCAUGCUGCAGGCCCAGUUCUCACUACUUUAUAACGAAUCUCUACAAGUGAAGACCCAGCUGGAUGAGGCCCGGGGGCUGCUGCUGGCCACCAAGAACUCCCACUUGAGACACAUUGAGCAUAUGGAGAGUGAUGAGCUGGGACUGCAGAAGAAGCUGCGCACAGAGGUUAUUCAGCUAGAAGACACCUUGGCCCAGGUUCGGAAGGAGUACGAGAUGUUGCGCAUCGAGUUUGAACAGAACCUGGCAGCCAAUGAGCAGGCGGGGCCCAUUAAUCGUGAGAUGCGUCACCUGAUUAGCAGUCUCCAAAAUCACAAUCACCAACUAAAAGGGGAUGCCCAGCGAUAUAAGCGGAAGCUUCGGGAAGUACAGGCUGAAAUUGGCAAGCUCCGGGCCCAGGCUAGUGGCUCAACCCACUCCAUCCCCAACCUGGGCCAUCCAGAGGACUCUGGCCUCAGUGCCCCAACCCCGGGGAAAGAAGAGGGUGGGCCAGGUCCUGUUGGUACCCCUGAUAGCAGAAAGGAGAUGACGUCAGUCUCUGGUGCCACCACUACUACCUCCUCAGUGAAGAAGGAGGAGCUGGUCCCCUCCGAAGAGGAUGCACAGGCCCUAACCCCAGGGGCCCAGGGCCCCUCCUCCCGGGGCCGAGAACCUGAAGCCAGGCCCAAGCGGGAACUUCGGGAACGGGAAGGGUCUGGCCUAGGACCACCACCUGUAGCCUCAGGUCUCUCAAGGGUGGAUCGAGAAAAGGCCAAGAUGGAAGAAGCCAAGAGGAAGGAGUCAGAGCUGCUGAAGGGUCUCCGAGCAGAGCUCAAGAAGGCCCAGGAAAGCCAGAAGGAAAUGAAGCUGCUGCUAGACAUGUACAAGUCGGCACCCAAGGAGCAGCGGGAUAAGGUGCAGCUUAUGGCAGCUGAACGCAAGGCCAAGGCUGAGGUUGAUGAGCUACGGAGCCGCAUUCGGGAACUGGAAGAAAGGGAUCGAAGGGAGAGCAAGAAGAUUGCAGAUGAGGACGCCCUGAGGCGCAUUCGGCAGGCUGAGGAACAGAUCGAACACCUACAGCGCAAAUUGGGUGCCACCAAACAGGAGGAAGAGGCUCUGCUGUCAGAGAUGGAUGUGACAGGUCAGGCUUUUGAGGACAUGCAGGAGCAGAACGGGCGACUGCUACAGCAAUUGCGGGAAAAGGAUGAUGCCAACUUUAAGCUGAUGUCAGAGCGGAUCAAGGCCAACCAGAUUCACAAGCUGCUUCGGGAGGAGAAGGAUGAGCUGGGCGAGCAGGUUCUUGGCCUCAAGUCCCAGGUUGAUGCCCAGCUGCUGACCGUGCAGAAACUGGAGGAAAAAGAGCGGGCCUUACAGGGCAGCCUAGGGGGUGUGGAGAAGGAGCUGACUCUGCGCAGCCAGGCCCUAGAGCUCAACAAGAGAAAGGCUGUGGAAGCGGCCCAGCUAGCUGAGGACCUAAAGGUGCAGCUGGAGCAUGUGCAGACUCGGCUGAGAGAGAUCCAGCCAUGCCUUGCAGAGAGCAGGGCUGCUCGCGAGAAAGAGAGCUUCAACCUCAAGAGGGCUCAGGAGGACAUCUCACGGCUGCGACGCAAGCUAGAAAAACAGAGGAAGGUGGAGGUGUAUGCAGAUGCUGAUGAAAUCCUUCAGGAGGAGAUCAAGGAGUACAAGGCGCGGUUGACCUGUCCCUGCUGUAACACCCGCAAGAAGGAUGCAGUCCUUACCAAGUGCUUCCACGUUUUCUGCUUCGAGUGCGUGCGGGGCCGCUAUGAGGCCCGCCAGAGGAAGUGCCCCAAGUGCAACGCAGCUUUUGGUGCCCAUGACUUCCAUCGUGUCUACAUCAGCUGAACCUGAAUCUCAGGGGACUUUGGAACACCCGCGGACCCUGGGGGCUGUGCCCCCAGCCCUUCCCCACCCAGGUGCAGUGGCCCCGCCCUUCAUUCCAGACCCCAUGGGCCCAGCCCCUGCUCACCUAGUUGGUUUAGGGUCCUGGUGCAUGCUAUGGGAGUGGGGAUGUUCCCCAGGCUUUGACCACCCACCAAGAGAAGGCUCACUGUCUACCUACACACCCACAAUAAGGACCAGAGAUGGGCCAAUCCUCAGCCCCUUGCUUGAGACUAGGACAUAGGCCCCAGGGAGACUUUCUUCACCUAUCAACCCCUAGCCUGGGCAGGGCUUUUGUCCUUCCUGUGGAGUUCUCUGGAUACUGGUCUGGCUCUUGUGCCACAGGCUGAAGCUACCCCUGGGCAACUACCCUCUUCCUCUGGGAAGCUCUACAGUUGCUGCAGUCACUACCCUCCUCUUGGGAGUGCUGAACCAAGAUCAUCAAUUUCUAUUCUAAUCAAGCCCUUCCCAAUCUCUACUUGUCUCCCAGCCCACUUACCCCAACCUCAGGCAUCCAUCCCAUGGUCCACUGGGUCCUUGGCUCUAACUGUGCUUUCAUCCUGGUGGCCUUAAAUGCAAUGGAAUUCCUUCCCAGAGGGGAAGGAAUAGACCAGCCCCAGCCACUGAGCCAACUUCCAAUCAUUCCAGGUAGAAAAGCUUUGCCCAAAACACUCUGUGACAGCACCCAGAGGGGCCUGGGAGGUGGAGCUGCCCACAGGUGCAGAGACCUAUUUGGUUGCAGCCUCUGCUCUAGAGAUAUCUUAUAUAGGCUGUUAACUUGUUAUGAAUAAACGUCCAGCCCUCCGCCUACAGUCAGUACCAGA